GUCCUGCUGGCUCCUCCCCAUUUUUGCAGCCUGCUGCUCUCUUGGAGGUUGUGCGCGCGGCGCGGCCGCUCGCUGGCUGAGCUUGGAUGGACCCGGUGGCGCGCCUGGGCAGCGGACCUCUGCUGUUGCUCUUGGGUGAGGACUGAGGUGGGGGCGAGAGGAGCCUGAGAGUGGGGGCUACUCCUCGAGGAUUGUGGUGGGCUGGUGGCUACUGGCUAGUUAUUUCGGCUGCCUUCUGCUGCUCCUGUCCUUCGCGCAAAAGCCACCUACCCGGGUGUCAGCGGGAAGCAAAGGCGCAAAGAAAUAUUUUCUUCUAGACUACUUGCUACUUCUUUUUCCUCUGCAGGACUACUUCGCAGGGAAGGGGCAAAAUAUGCUCCUGCAAAGUCUUGCAGUUUUCCACUGUGUGGCUGGUAAUGAAAAUUCAACAACUGAAUCUGAAUCUAAGAGGCAGUUGUGCAGCUACCCAAAUGGAAAUUGUACAGAUGGCAUCACAGGAUUGAGGAGGAGGGGGCAUUUUUCAAAGUGCCCUGAGGAGUACAAGCACUUCUGUGUCAAGGGAAGAUGUCGUUACGUUACGGUAGAACGGAUAGCAGCAUGCGUCUGUGAGAAAGGUUACACUGGCGAAAGAUGUGAGAGGUUGGACCUGGUUUAUCUAAGAGGAGACCGAGGUCAAGUUGUGGUGAUUUCUUUGAUAGCUGUUAUGGUGAUACUUAUCAUCCUGGUUGCAUGUAUAUGCACUGGCGCUCAUUACUGUCGAAAGAGACAUAGGAAAAUGGAAGAGGAAGAAAUGGGCACAUUUGAUAAGAGACUGCCUUUUAAAACUGAGGACGUUCUAGAAACAGAUAUUGCAUGAAGGUGAACUAUUAUUAUGGAAAGUUGUGCCACCCUAUUCAAGCUGUGUUGUCGUCUGGUGGAAGAAGCUACUUUACCUUGCAUUUUGUACACAGUACGGUAGCUACAUACACAUUUAUAAGAAUGAAAUCAUGAAGCCCUUUCCGCACAGUUUUAUGCAAGGAAUGAACUGGUUCAUGCUACUCAACACAGUCCAAAUGUCUUCUCUCAAGCUUACACUUUAAGAAGAAUAUUCCAUUUCCCCAGAAAUAAGUUAUUUGUAGCUGGGAAAAGUAAUGCAGUAUUCGCCAUACCACUCCCAUAGGAGAAUCAAAUUCACUGUGUGAAAUGAGGUUAUGAAAAUGUCUGGACCCCUUAUCUUUGUAAUGAGCAACAGAACUCUCAUUCCAUACCUGGAAAAUAUUGUUUUGAAGAUUGUAGGCUCUUCAUGUCAUCUGAUCAUAAUUUUUUCCCCGUUUGCUAACUCUGGCAUCUCCAGCAUGUGUUGCCAUAGAAACCUUUGGUUAAAUUUAGAUUUUUGUUUUAAUCAUUUGGAGGUGUUGCCUUUUCCCUUGCCUGCAUUGGUGCAUUUAUCUGAUCAUGUCAAAAGGCCUCAAACGCAGAAGAAAACUAUCCCACUUUGAUAUAUUUAAAACAAGAAAGAGCUUUGUAGCAUCUUAAAGACCAAUACGUUUUUCAAAUGCACAAAGCAUUUAAAAAACCCGGAAAUACCUCGAGAUAAGCUAGAAUUCGCAAGACAAAGCCUGAUUUGUGUGUGGAGUGGGUCCAAGGAUCUUGAAGGGACUUUGGGGUAUGUUUUGCUGGUAUGUGAACGCACACACUCUCUCCCGAAGGAGAUUCAGGGCAGAAGACUGGUCUGUAAAGCCUCCUGGAGGUUUUUCACACAUGGCGUUUAGCCCACAUCCCCUCCUGAAUGGAGGCUGCAAGCCCACAUAUCAGUUGGAUUAACCCCGAAGUUCCUGCGAGCUAUCAGGGACCAGUAUACAACUGACUCUGCUUUCCCCCCAAUUACUGUUAAAAACUACUGUGCUUGGCUUGGCCCAAAUUAUGUCCGGGGUAAAAAAAAAAAUCCUCUCUUUGCAGCAGCUUUUCUUUGAACACCCCAGUUUUCUUGAAUGCCGCGGGACUUCUCCUUUGAUGUGUAGAUUGGCCAUUGGCAGUAAUUCACAUUAUGGUCUGCUCUGAGUGAUUUGCAAUCGCAAGUGCUGGCAGGGAGGGGUUGUGGCAGAUUGGUGAAACUGUUCUUCCGUAACCAGCUGUCAAGCUCUCUCUCCUCCUCCUCUGUCUCUGAAGUGAUUGGUGUAUCUGUUGAUAUGCCUCACAGCCUCCCCCAGCCUUGGAGGGUCAGCGGGUUGCCUGCCCGCAUCUCUGAUCUGCUGUGGGGAGCAGAGCCACCCCCAUCGCUGCCAUGCGACCUUUCCCUGCUCGCCCUUGUGGGGAGGGGGAGUGAUGCCUUUGAAGCAAAGCGCCUCUGGGCUGUGAAGACCUUUCUGCAUCCUACCCACCUGCCUUCCUUCCCUUCCUUGCUCUCGCCCAUAGUGUGUGCCAUCUGCCCCCCCCCCCCGGCUGCCUGCUGUGUCAGAUCAUGGGUUGGGGAGUGGUGGCGGCAGCAGUGACAGAAAUCACCACUGGGGCACACCAACCAGGAGGAUGCUGGGGAUCAACUCUCCGUUCCGAGCAAGAAGCACAGGGGUGCAGUCGCAACGGGGGUGGGGUAGGUGGGUGGGUUGCCAAGUUGAAGCAGAGAAGUUUCUGCAGCUGUCCUCCCUUGCUGCUGGGAGUCCUGGGCGUGCCCUCCCUGACAGGUAACCCCCUCCCCGUCCAUGCCAUAAGCCCCACCAACACCCCUGCCUCACCUUCCUGGCCAGAGAGAUUCCAGGAGCGCCUCCAAACAUCCCUCACCCCCAACCCAGUCAUGUGGGAAAUGGUGAAAAAACCCAGAGCAAUCAGUGAGAAUGCACAAAGGAGAAAGAUUGCAGGGCGUGAAGAGCAGGGGGAGCUGAUGGCUAUGUGAACUGUCAAUCUAAUUCCCCAAAUUAAACUGCCUUGAAGCAGCUGCGAAGUAGAUUCCUCCUCAGAUACCCCGAGGCAUAAAGCCAUAUGUGAAAAACCUCCUGCUGAUCUUUUCCAAAUAAAACUUGUUUCUGGUGUAGUGGGGGGAACUCCUGCAGAGUUUCUAAAAUUUUAAUCCAUGCUAUAGGAUAUUGUGACUGAAACCCAGGGGAGCAAAAAGCAUAGCAGAAAAUGUAAUAAAAUAUUUGGUCAGAGUGCCUACUUGCUACCUUUGCUAUCCCCAAAGCCAUCCUUGUUAAUAUUUGAGAUCUGUGUUUAGAGUUUAUGUCCUUCAAAUUAUUUAUUUGGCAGUGAAACCCUCCCAGAACGCUCCAGGACUUGUCAGUGGUUGUCUGAACCUGCCCUCUGUUUAAGGCUAGCCUGGAAUUAAGCAGCCCAGAAUGGGCUAGAGCAGGGUUUCUCAACGUGUGGGUCCCCAGAUGUAAUUGGACUUCAACUCCCAUAAUUCCCAACCAAAGGCCAAUGGGGCUGGGGAAGAUGGGAGUUGAAGUCCAAUAACAUCUGGGGACCCACACGUUGAGAAACCCUGGGCUAGAGGCUAAAAAUCAUUCUUAUUUAUCCAUGAUGACAUCCUCAUUUAUUUAUGAUUUAUGGUGUCAUCUGUAGAUAGAAAAAUUAAUAGAAAAACUUUUUCCAAGUGGCUGGAGUGGGGAGAAUUUCAGAUAUAAUCUGCUUGCAUUUGCAUGGGUGUGUUGCAAAAUUCAGCAAACCCAUUAUUUAUCUGGUGAACUGGUAUCGCUAUUCUUGAGAUCUAGAGUAUGGAUGUAUAUACCUUCUUGUAAUAUAACCAUUAAGUUAUGUGAUUAUGAACCUAUUUGUUAAAUAGAACUCCCAGUUAUAACAGAUUAAAAAGUUAGAAAUUUUCUUUUA